AUGGGCUACUCGUCCAUCCAUCCACCUCACUUCCCUUAUGCACUUAGUAGACCCAGGCUGGGCCAUGCCUCCCAGACAUGGGCAGGAGCCGGGCUGGAGGGAGGGGGAUGCCAGGCGAAGCUGGCCAGGCCGGCGGGGUCCUUCUGGCUCACUGCCCCUCUUUCCUCCGAAGGCCGCAAGUUCAUCAUCGCCAACGCCCGCGUGGAGAACUGCGCCAUCAUCUACUGCAACGAUGGCUUCUGUGAUCUCUGUGGCUACACCCGGGCUGAGGUCAUGCAGAAACCGUGCACCUGUGACUUCCUGUAUGGGCCACGCACCCAGGCGAGCUCCACAGCGCAGAUCGCACAGGCCCUCCUGGGCUCCGAGGAGCGCAAGGUGGAGAUCUGCUUCUACCGGAAGGAUGAGAAGGAGUGGCUGCGUGCCAUGCUCCGGAAUACAAAACGGGGAUUGAAAAGAAGGCGGCCAGCGCUGAAAUGCUUUUAUUCAAACCUGCCUGUGAAAAGGAAGCUGCUGCUGGAGCUGGAAGCCCAGCGGCCAGGGGUCCCGAGGGCCUUCCCCGGGAGAAAGCGCCAGAACCUCGAGGACCCUGUAGCGUAG